CGGCUACUGGGCCAGGGCACGUUCGGCAAGGUCGUCUCGGCCAAGCGCAAGGGCGACAACAAGCGCUACGCCGUCAAGAUCAUCCGAGCCGUCCACAAGUACCAGGAGGCGGCCAAGACCGAGGUCAAGGUCCUCACGCUCCUCACCAAGAACGACCGGCGCAACGAGAAGAAGUGCAUACCGCUCGUCAAGUACUUCGACUUUCACGGCCACACGUGCCUCGUCACGCCGCUCCUGUCGUGCUCCGUCUUCGACUUCCUCAAGGACAACAGCUACGAGCCGUUCCCGCUCAGCCACGUCCAGAGCUUCGGCCGCCAACUCUUGACGAGCCUCAAGUACGUGCACGACAACAAGCUCAUCCACACCGACCUCAAGCCCGAGAACAUUCUCCUGGAGCGGAUCGAGACGACGAUCGUGCCGAGCCGAAGAAACCGUCACCGCAAGAUCCUCACCGACACGGGCAUCCAGCUCAUCGACUUUGGCAGUGCGACGUUCGAGGGCGACUACCACGCGACCGUCGUCUCGACCCGGCAUUACCGCGCGCCCGAGAUCAUCCUCAACAUGGGCUGGAGCUACCCGUGCGACAUGUGGUCGAUCGGCUGCAUCCUCGUCGAGUUCGUCACGGGCGAGGCGCUCUUCCAGACGCACGACAACCUCGAGCACCUCGCCAUGAUGGAGAAGGUCUUUGGCCCCAUGCCGAUAGCCUAUGCGACCGAGGCGCAGAAGUGCAAGGGCGAGUACACGCUGUCGUUCCCGCUACCGGCGACGCAGAAGCAGAGCGUCAAGUUUGUCAAGGGGAUGCGCAAGCUCAAGGACAUCAUCGCGCCGACCGACACGGCCGGGCAGGACUUUGCCGACCUGUGCGAGGGCCUGCUGCGGUGGGACCAGGGCCAGCGGUUGACGGUCGACGAGGCGCUCGCGCACCCGUUCUUCAAGAAGGCCAUCCACGACGAGGGUAACGCUGCGCCCUAG